AUGGAUGGCGUCCGCCAGUUCUACGCUCGCGUGGACGAUGAGAGCUGCAAACUAGACGAGCUAUGCCGGCUGUGCAAAGAGCUGAGGCGGCGCUUCAAAGUCCAGGCGGCGGUGGUGUGCAACAGCAGUGCCAGGGUGGUGGAGGUGGCGGAGGAGAUGAGGAAGCGGGGCUUGUCCGCGUUUGGGAUUCACAGCGGCAUGGGCGAGAGGGAGGUGGAGCUUAUCAAGCGGAGCGAGCAAAGGUCCGUGAUCGUCACAGAUCAUGGCUGCUCCAAGGGAGCUCGAGACGUGAUCAACUUUGAGAUGCCACUGUCUCCCGGGGACUACUUUCAGCGUGCUUCCAAGCUCCGGGACCAGGUGACCAAAGUGGUGAUUAGUCUUGUUGUGGGGGGGCAAGAGUGUGAGCUACUGGAUCGCGUGAGGAGUCUGUAUGGGGUCGACAUAGAUUUGCUGCCUUCUCAGCCCAAGAGACCUGUAUUAUGA